UGUAUAAUCACUACUACGGUUUAUAUAUAUAUAAAUAUAUAUAUAACUAUAAGUCAACGUCCACUUAUAAACACCGAUCCCUUCUGGAGCGUCUACUUCCUGUAUCCGUGUGACGUCAUCGGAUUGCGGAAGUUAUAAACAGACCAUAAUAAUAACAAUCAGACACAGAAGAUGGACAAAACAGACAUUCAUCUGCAGUUUACAGACUUCGAUGAUGAUGAUGUUGGCGGUGAUGGAAGCACGUCGGUCAGGAUGGAGGACGAGGGCUUCGGUAAAUCUCCCGCCCAGCGGCGAGGGAUGGCGUCAGAGGAUGAGCUGCUAGACGGUGAUGAUCAGACCCAGCUUCUCAGCAGUGAAAAGAAAAGUGCUGCUUUCUGGACUCUGGAGUUUUAUCAGGCUUUUUUUAACGUGGACACGUCCCAGGUGUUGAGCAGAAUUAUCAGCUCUGUGCUGCCAUGGCGAGGAAAAAACUUUGUUCGCCUUCACAUCAGGAACAACCCUGACCUCUACGGUCCGUUCUGGAUCUGCGCCACUCUGGUGUUCGCCAUCGGUGUGAGCGGGAACCUGUCCAGCUUCCUGGUUCACUACGGACAGCCGAGGUACAAAUACGUCCCUGAGUUCAGGAAAGUAACGAUGGCUGCUACAGCGAUCUACAGCUAUGCCUGGCUGGUCCCUCUGAUGCUGUGGGGCUUUUUAACAUGGAGGAGCAGAAAGAUCUCCAGUAUGAUGUCAUACUCCUUCCUGGAGAUCGUGUGUGUGUAUGGAUACUCGCUCUCUGUCUACAUUCCUGCUGUGGUUCUGUGGGUGAUACCGAGUGAGGUUCUGCGCUGGAGCUCCAUCCUGGUUGCUCUGUGUUUGUCUGGCUCUGUUCUGGUGCUGACGUUCUGGCCGGUGAUGAGAGCUGACAGGCCGCGAGUCGUCCUCACUGUUCUGUCUGCCGUCAUCACGCUGCACGUUUUACUCGCCAUCGUCUGCAAGGUGUAUUUUUUCAGUACCUAUGAAACUGAAGCUGCUGUAAAACCAAACGUAGCCCAAAAUUUAACAACCACAAAGACACACUGAUGUCUUACCCCAGAGGUUCUCUUGUUGCCUCCAGAAUCGGGUUUCACACAGACAAGAUCGAAGGUCAUCAGAACGACACAAGAUCAGUAGUGUGUGUGUGUGUGUGUGUGUGUGUGUGUGUGUGUGUAUAUAUGUGUGCGUGUGUGUUUGUGUGUGUGUGUAUAUGUGUGCGUUUGUGUGUGUGUGUAUGUUUGUGUGUGUGUGUAUGUUUGUGUGUGUGUGUUUGUGUGUGCGUGUGUAUGUGUGCGUGUGUAUGUGUGCGUGUGUAUGUGUGCGUGUGUGUUUGUGUGUGUGUGUUUGUGCGUGUGUGUUUGUGUGUGUGUGUGUUUUCUGACAUAAAGUUACUGCUGUAUCUUUGAGGGGUUUGUUACUUUUUAGUGUUUAAUGGCGCAUCAGAUCCGUCACCGCUCUGACUCUGUGGUGUUUACAGGUUUGGGUAAAAAAUCAAAGGGUGAAUGUUUGUGAACAGGUUUAUGUUAGAAUUAAACUAACGUCUUCCAAAAGAGAUUACUGCUGAUAAUUAUAAUAGUGAUGAUGAUGAUGAUGUAUUCAUCAUGUUGCUCAGUCUGAAUGCCAAACUUCCUACUAGUUUUUUAAUAUUUAAUGAGUAAUUUCUCAUGACACGUCCCUUCAGUGUAGCUCCAACGGUGUGUGUUUUCUCUUUAAACACUUUACACACACCUACUUUACUUUACAAUAAACACUUUUCAUGUUAAAAUUAA